UACAUAUCGAGCUGUAAUUGCUACAUGUAACUGCUAUCAACCCUGUCUCUGUUUAUGUCUUGGUUUCUUGCUGCACACAACUCGAAGCCGUCCCUUCCUCUUGACAAAUCUGCAGCCUGGACAUCUCAGCUUGAGUGUUCCCUUUGUCUUGUAUCCUCUAGCCAGCAGAGCAUUGAAGGAGGGUAGCUCGUGAUUGAAAAUGGGGGCUUGCUUCAGAGUUAUGGCCCUAGGGAUGCCUGUGUGUACAGAGCUUGAUGAUACAAGAUGACACUGAUGAACGAGUGGUCUCAAUACCAUCCCUCUGAAAAGGUUUAGCAGACUCGCCAUUGAACACUCUGGAAAGAAGAAUUUGAGACAGUCAUCAUUAAUUCACUAAAAUCAAUCACCUUUCCUUUCUCAGUAUCUUUUAGCCAACACAAUACUCAAGCUCUGAACGCAUUCUCGUGGAUCACCCACAUGGUGUUCUUUUAUUUCUAGGGUCAAAGGUUAUCCCAGCCAUGUGGACCUAGACAAACAGUGUUUUAAUAGCUUAGAUCCUAUUCUAACUACCGUAGUACAUCUUCUACAGAGAUCCAAUACUCCAUGCUCCAGUGAGGUCUGCUCUCCUGAACUGCUGUCCAAGAGAUGGUCCUGAGCAAGGAGCAAGUCAAGAGCCACAUUGCUGGGGUGGAGUCUCGCAUCUCUGAUCCACUAGAACUAAAACAUCAUGGAUAUGAAUUUGCCAAACUCCUCUAUCAAGUAAAGGAAUAUGACAGUGCUGUGAUCUACUUGGCUAACUUUAUCAGUGUAAAUGGGCGAGAUCCAAGGGCGCACAAGUUGAUGGGUCACCUGUGUAAUGCCACUGCUGAGAAUGGGAAGGCCAUUGCACACUACAAAAGGUCUCUAGAGCUGAAAAGAGGACAGAGAGAUGUCAUAGAAGCACUGGUAUCUGUGUACCUGAAGCUAGAGAAACCACCCGUUGAUUCUCUCAAGGAGUGCUUGCAACACAUUGAAGCCAUUGGUCAGAGUCACCCACUCAUUGUCCCUCUUUGCGAGAAAAUUCAAUCCUUAGAGGGAGGCUUUUCCAUGGAGAAGGUUAUCAAGAAAGCACUGGCAGUGAAUACGAACGAUGUUAACUUGCACAUUCGACUAGUCAAACUGUACUGCCAAUCUGGUAAGAGUCAGGAAGCGUUCUAUUACUGUGAGGAUCUCUACCGGGCUGGCCAGCUUACUGACUCAUUGCAGUGGCAGCUGUUUGCCCUGACAAUUGCAGAGGAUUAUUAUGAGAACUUAAGAGCAAAAGGUGUUAGAGAUGGUGUUGAAACGCUGGAAAUUUUAGUCACCCUGUUGGAGUUCACUACGACUCUCUUUAAUCUUCUAGCCUGUCCCAGCAGUGACCUGGACGACAGUGCAGCUCUACUCCUCAAGUUUGACAAGGUGCUAUGUGCCUCUGGACAGAUGCUGAGCGUGCUUCCUCCAUCGGCUCUCCCCCUCUUCCAAAUGGCCCUCAAGCAACUCUGUGCCCAGCUGUACUUCAUGGCUGGCCGCUAUCUCUUUCUAUUGGCAUGGCAACAGAGACAGUCCCUCCUGAGCUCUAUCACUGUUGCGUCCAUUAUGGGGGUGAUGUGCAUGCUGUCAUCGAUGAAAGCCCCUCCCUGGGACCUGGAACAAUACCGGACACUGGACAAGAGGACACACCUCCGACUGAGGACGUGGUACAACACAGCCUGUGCCAGGACAAGCAUUACAGGUCGGCACUUGAUGCUAAUAGAGGCAGCUAAAGGAAAGCUCUUCUUUGAAAGUUUACCCAAAAUUGCUAUGGAAAUGGGCGGGAAGCUGCACCUGAUCAAGAUUCUGUUUGGAGGGACCAAUAGGAAAUUUAAAGCCAAGUUUGGAUCAAGAGACAUCAAGUUCUCUCUCCAAGAGUCGUUUCUCUCUAAUGAUGGCACGUUCCUCACACUUCCUGUCUUGCCUUCUGCUCAAGAGUUGGAAAAUUAUGACAGAGAAUGCAUUGCCCAGGAGAGGCAGCUGUGCAAUUUGCUGUGGCGUUGCCUUGCCUACAAGGCUCUGAACAAACAACCAUUUUUGUUCUUGUGGAUGGGGAGAAUGUUCAAUGAUCUGCGACUGGACACACCCUCCCUCGACUCCACUGAGCCUUCCACUCUCUGUGUGCUCGACAUUGAGGCUUUUCUGGCCCACCUGUUAACUGAGUACAGUGAGCGCCUGACGUCACCCCAGCUGUUCAGUGUACCUACCAUGACAGCAGUCAACCUGACGACUGCCCUCGUCUCUUGUCUACCCGUCUGCCUCAGCCUCAAAAACCCACACCAGCACUACUGGACUGCCUUACUCACCUUCCUGCUCGGAAAGCUCAGUGCUCAAGAUGCAGCUAGUGUGAAGAAGGUGGUGAGGGAGUUCCUGAGUUUCGUGCGAGGGAGUAGUCCUCUUCAGCUCAGUCUGGAACACCUCACCUCACUUGCCAGGCAUUUCAAGAAGAGGGCUGAACUAGAAACUGAUGGUGGGGACGACCGCGACGUUAUAAUGAUGUUGCUAAAGCGGAGCUGUCACUACUGGGCGAUCGUAGAACACAUUCUGAGUCCCUCUUCCGACUCUAGCCAGUCAGAACUACUUUCCGAGGCACGGAUGACGAUUGCAAAUGAAGCGCUGUAUAGGCAAGACAUGAGCAGGGCACUCAGGCUGUACUCGAGAGUGAAGACAGCUCCCUCGGCUUGGAACCAAUCUGAGGUAUACCUUCAUCUUGCUGUCAUGUCCGGUCAAGCAGACACUCGGGAGAAGGUGGACUCACGACUCGACAAUCUUCAGAAGGCAGCUGAUGCUCUGGACCUGGCUAUUACUCGGUUGACUCCAGAGCACGAAAUUAAGAAUUUACGACAGAAGUUCUUGUUAAAAAGAGACAAUAUACAGGAUCUCCUUGGAGAAACAAAGAAGUCUCCUUUGGCGUGUGCUCUCGACUAUGAAGAGGAGAGCCCGAGUCUCCCUCGUCGUUUCUCGUCCACCCCGGCCAACACAAAGACCCCGCCUCUCAGUCAAAUAACCUCCCCCUUCACUGAUCAGAGUCGCAAACACGAACAAAAAUUAUCAGAAAUGGCCUCUCAGCUUGAGAAACUACAGGCUGAAAUGGAUCUGAUAAAAUCUCGAACGACUCACACAAACAAUCAAUCGCAAAUGUCUCCCCAAGGCUUUACGAUGUAUCCAGGCAUGCAGUCACACGGUCAAACCAACUUAUCGUAUGGGCCUCGACUAAUGUCACCUGCUCCAAAUUAUGAUCCUCAUUUCCGAGGGCAGCUAUCUCCUCAAGGGCUGGGUCAGCAGUGGUUGCCAGGACAGCAGCCUCUCUUUCACGAGCAGAUCUCUCCUCGUCAGACCUCUCCUCUAAACAUGUUUCAGCUGCAACCUAACCGAAUGGCAAUGUUCUCACAGCAGCAAUCACCUCCACCACUAGCUGUCCCUCAACCUAACAACAGCUUCCAAGGGGUUGCCACUGGAAUACAGACGCUCACUACUCCACCACGUCUAUUUGCCCCCCAAAGUCCGAUCAACAGACCCCCACAAUCUGUUGAGGCGCUCACUACUCCACCACGUUUCUUUGCCCCCCGAAGUCCGAUCAACAGAUCCCCACAAUCUGUUGAGACGACGUUCACUACUCCACCACGUCCCUUUGCCCCCCGAAGUCCGAUCAACAGAUCCCCACAAUCUGUUGAGACGUUCACUACUCCACCACGUCCCUUUGCCCCCCGAAGUCCGAUCAACAGAUCCCCACAAUCUGUUGAGACGCCACGUCCCUUUGCCCCCCGAAGUCCGAUCAACAUACCCCCACUAACUCUGCCUCAGCACCUUCUGUCUCACUCCUUUGUACCCGCUAUCGGUGGACCGCAAUUAAUUAGUCCAAGUACCAAGCCUGUAUCCCUUGGAGCUGCAAGUAAUGCCGAUACCAUGCCAACCACUAACGAGCAAGUUGUGUCGACUACACCAAAAUUAGUACAAAACAGAUUGUUUUUAACGCCCAAGUUUCAGCCACCUGUACUGGCCCACCCCUUGCCCAGUGUACAGGCCACAGGUUUGGGUAAUCUGUUGCCAUCUCAACAGCCGCUACCUGUCAAAAAUCCUGCUCUCCCAUUUACUGUGUCAGCAACGUCUCCAAAAAAUGAUGAUGUCACUACUAGUGGGCAUAAAUCGGGAAUGAAACGAACAGCGUCAGGUUUUGGUGUUUUAGGGUCACAAUCGUUUUCAUUUACAGCACCAGUGUCGUUUACGUUUGGUCAAACCACGUCCUCGGCCUCUCAAUUGCCUGUAUUUGGCACGAAAACAGUUGAUAAACCUGUCACGUUUGGUCAAACCACGUCCUCGGCCUCUCAAUUGCCUGUAUUUGGCACGAAAACAGUUGAUAAACCUGUCACGUUUGGUCAAACCACGUCCUCGGCCUCUCAAUUGCCUGUAUUUGGCACGACAACAGUUGAUGGUACUGAUAAACCUGUCACCACAACUAAGGAACCGUCUUCUAUUUUCCCUAAACCGUACAGUUUUCCGAUGAACAAUCAGCCUCCGCCAUCAAUUAUUCCUGCAUGUACCUCCUCUGAGCCUACUUUCACUGUGCCCAGCUUCUCUAUGAAUCCCACUACCUCAUCUCCGUCGGCAACAUUGGCUAAAACAAGUCAGCCAUUUUCAAUUCUGGGAAACAGCUCUCUAUUGAGUUUUGCGAAUUUUUCACCGACUCAGUCACCUGUUGUAACGAGUGUGCAGACAGAAACCAUAGCAACCUCAAAAGCCCCGAUUUUGUCCUCUCUUUUAUCCAAAAAUGUUACAGGCAGUCAACCUUCUACAGCCGCCAUUGGUGGAGGACUUAUCCCGAAAGAAACACCAAAAACACACAGUGACUCUAUUUUCAGCACCAUCGGUGCCUCGAUAUUCUCAAGCAAGUCUAACGAUGCGGAACAAGAUCAAGAAGAUAACAGUGAUGCACAUGACACGAGUAAUAAUGUUGACUAUUCGAUUGUCUCCCUGCCCGAACUUGAUAAUAUACAGAGUGGUGAAGAGAACGAAGAGGCACUGUUCGUUGAGAGAGCAAAGCUGUUUCGAUUCCACAACAGUGAAUGGAAGGACAAGGGCCUCGGCGAGAUGAAAGUACUCAAGCACCGAAGCACGGGAAAAAUUCGAUUGUUAAUGAGAAGAGAUCAGAUUCUGAAAAUUUGUUGUAAUCACUAUGUUGUGCCUGCCAUGAAAUUCAAAUAUUUGCAAGACAGUAAACGUAUGUUGUGUUGGUUUACCAAUGCCGAAUUUUCCGAUGAGGAGAUCAAAUCUGAAAAACUAGCCAUCAAGUUCAAAACUGAUGAGAUCGCUACAAAGUUCAAACAGACUGUUGAAUUUGCCGUUGAAGAACUCAGCAAAACCGAUACCAGUAAUGAGAGCAAUAAUUCAACGCAGGAACUGGAACGUGACACUAAACAACUGGGCCAGACGAGCUCUGAUAUUCGUGGACGCCUCGCUCCCCCCAAAGGCAGCUGGUCAUGUGAUGUAUGUCUAAUCACUAAUAAAGAAUCAGCAAAUGAAUGUGUGGCAUGCUCGACCAAGAAUCCAAACUCUGCUGCUGUAAGUGCAACCUCAACAUCAUUCGGUGAAGGAGGAACUACCUCUACUGCUACCUCAUUAUUGUUUAGUGAAAGUGGAGGAUUUAAGUUGUCUACUGGUCUUUCAUUUGGCACCACUCCUGCUGCUACUACGGCACCAACUGGUGGGUUCAAACUUCCCCUUCUGAGUACUGCUACUACGGCCCCAACUGGUGGGUUCAAACUGACUUUUCCAACCACGGCCCCAAGUGGUGGAUUCCCAACUGGUGGGUUCAAACUGUCAAGUACCACCACAACCAAUGUUACUGCUCUGUCCAGUGGGCCCACAGUCGGCUUCCCUCUCAGCAGUAUAUCAACAAAACCAAAACCUCCUGAUUCUGGACUGUCAAACUUCACCCCUUCAAAAGACGUCUGGUCAUGUGACACUUGUUUAUUAGUUAACCAAAAGGACUCGUUGAAGUGUGUAGCUUGUGAAUCCUUUAAACCGAUGAGUACUAACAAAUUAUUGCCCUCUGGAAAAGAUGCUACUCCAUUUGUUGGAUUUAAACUACCAUCUAAUGACAGAGCUAGUUUCAAAACUGAUGCCAGUAAUGAGAGCAGUAAUGUGAUGCAGGAACUAGAACAUAACACUGAACAAUUAGCCCAGACGAGCUCUAAUAUUCGUGAACGCCUCGCUCCCCCCAAAGGCAACUGGUCAUGUGAUGUAUGUCUAAUCACUAAUAAAGAAUCAGCAAAUGAAUGUGUGGCAUGCUCGACCAAGAAUCCAAACUCUUCUGCUGUUACGACAUCAUUUGGUAAAGGAGGAACGUUUAGCACUGAUAUUCGUGGACGCCUAGCUCCCCCCAAAGGUAGCUGGUCAUGUAAUGUGUGUCUAGUCACUAAUAAAGAAUCAGCAAAUGAAUGUGUGGCAUGCUCGACCAAGAAUCCAAACUCUUCUGCUGCUACGACAUCAUUUGGUAAAGGAGGAACUACCGCUACCGCUACCUCCUUAUUUGGUGAAAAUGGAGGAUUUAAAUUGUCUACUGGACUUUCAUUUGGCACCACUCCUGCUGCUACUACGGCACCAACUGGUGGGUUCAAAAUGCCCCUUCUGAGUACUGCUACUACGGCCCCAACUGGUUUGUUCAACACGCCCCUUCUGAGUACUGCUACUACGGCCCCAACUGGUUUGUUCAACAUGCCCCUGAGUACUGCUACUACGGCCCCAACUGGUUUGUUCAACAUGCCCCUGAGUACUGUUACUACGGCUCCAACUGGUUUGUUCAACACACCCCUUUUGAGUACUGCUACUACGGCACCAACUGGUUUGUUCAACAUGCCCCUGAGUACUGCUACUACGGCCCCAACUGGUUUGUUCAACAUGCCCCUGAGUACUGCUACUACGGCCCCAACUGGUUUGUUCAACACGCCCCUUCUGAGUACUGCUACUACGGCACCAACUGGUUUGUUCAACAUGCCCCUGAGUACUGCUACUACGGCCCCAACUGGUUUGUUCAACAUGCCCCUGAGUACUGCUACUACGGCACCAACUGGUGUGUUUCAAUCAGGAUUUGCCUUUUCUAGCUUCUCGUUUGCCGCCACCCCCCAGCAAGACACUGAGGAAGCCGAAGAUAGAGAAUCAGCUCAAGAAUCAGAUAAUAGUGGAUCGGUGACACCAGACCAUCAUGUUUCUAGAAGCGAUCCCAUUGAUGCACUGUCAGACGGAGAGGAAGAUUCCACAGAUAGUGUCCUCUUUGUAGCAGAAGAAAUCCCACCUCCCGAGAAAGUGGAACUUGCAAAGAAAUAUAUGCUCCCUAUCACCUUCUACAACUAUGAGAAGAAGGCACUUUGCCCUGGAUGUAGAGGAUGCACGGAAGACCCACCUGUUCUGGAGCAGCCCGGCAGUCCAGACCCCUCCCCUAACUUAGAGGCCAGUGUGGAUAAUCCUAGCGAGACUGUGUUGUGUGAAGAAGGCGAUAAAGCGGUCAAAAACGGCGCUGGUGUGAAGCAAGAAGAUGGACCUAAAGAAACAACGAUUAAGGCUGCUUUCUCGUUUCUCUCUUCUGACGGCAAAGCAAAUUCUUUUUCAGAGUUAGCAUCAGGUGGUUUUCAAUGGUCUAGUGGUAAUAGUCAAGGCUUUUCAGGUGCUGGUAGACCUGUAUUUGGUGCUAGCUCGGCUGACAGAGAUGGAGAAGUUGACCCUGAAGCGGAAGUGAAUAUUACGUUCAAACCACUAGUGACUUUACCAGAAGUAGAGACAAAGACAGGGGAAGAGUUCGAUGAAGCUUUGUUUUCUCACCGAGCAAAACUGUAUCGUUUCGACUCAAACGUGAAUCAGUGGAAGGAGAGGGGUGUUGGUGAUAUAAAGAUCACGAGAAACAAAACCACUAACAAAACCAGAAUUAUCAUGAGGAGAGAUCUGAUCAAAAAACUUUGUUGCAAUCAUUUCAUCAAUUCUGUUAUGGACUUGACUCCCAACCAAGGCAGUGACAGGUCGUGGGUGUGGUAUACCCCUGGUGAUUUCUCCGAUGGGGAGGCUAGGCCCGAGAAACUAGCUGUGCGAUUCAAGUAUCAAGAAACAGCAACUGAAUUCAAGAACGUGUUUGAUGAAUGCAAACAACUCAAAGUGUCCCCUGACCCUGACUUGACUACCGAGAAACCAGAGGAAUGCGAGGAGGGAAAGUCCCCUGUUGAUCCUCCAACUGAAGUGAGGUCCAUUGUAAACGAACGAGAUAUUAUAUCUGAUACCAGCUCAAACGAAGAAUCCCAAGACAGUGUGUCGGAGCAUGAUGAAACAGACGGAGACUCAAUUACUGAUGAUAACAGUCAACCCCUAGGGGAAGACUUACGACUGAAACUAGCCCCUCCCCCUGGAGCCUGGACGUGUACCGGUUGUUUGUUGUCUAACACACCAUCUGCUACCCACUGUGUGGCUUGUGGUGGUGCUGUUCGAGAGGAGACUGCCGAGGUAUUAUCAACUCCUCCAUUGAAACUAGCCCCUCCCCCUGGAGCCUGGACGUGCACUGCUUGUUUGUUGUCUAACACACCAUCUGCUACCCACUGUGUGGCCUGUGGUGGUGCUGUUCGAGAGGAGACUGCCGAGGUAUUAUCAACUCCUCCAUUGGAAGCUGUUAAGAUAUGCUCGCCUGAUAGCUCAACCAAUCGCAACCCUCUUUUGAGAUUUCCUCUAGUUCUGUCACCUGUGAGUUCAGUCCCCUACGUCUGCCCCAAACCAGUGCCACCAUUGGAAACGACCCCAUUGGAAACAGAGAACCCUUUACCAAUAACAACUGCUACAAAGAAAAACAAUAGCCACUCUCAAAGUGAGCCUAUUUUAUUGGAAGAGCCCAAUACCGAAUCUCAAGUUGAUGAUAACAAUCAAGACUAUGACAUUGUGUUUUUGUAUGAAGAUUUACCUGACUUAGAACUUAUAGCAAAGGCAAAGCAACUGAUGUUGCCGCCAGCAUUUUUCCUGUAUGAAAAGAAGACUCCUUGCUCCGGGUGUAGGGGAUGCAGAGAUGAGAGUGACCUUGAAGACAACAACACACACUCAGAAAGUGAUGCUUCCAUUACUCAAGACCCACCAGAGGAAGCCACCUUUGCUCCUGCCAAACAACCUCCUUCACCUGUCGAGGAACCAAAAGAAAGUGACCUUAAAGACAGCAGCACACACUCAGAAAGUGAUGCUUCCAUUACUCAAGACCCACCAGAGGAAGCCACCUUUGCUCCUGCCAAACAACCUCCUUCACCUGUCGAGGAACCAAAAGAAAGUGAUCUUGAAGACAGCAGCACACACUCAGAAAGUGAUGCUUCCAUUACUCAAGACCCACCAGAGGAAGCCACCUUUGCUCCUGCCAAACAACCUCCUUCACCUGUCGAGGAACCAAAAGAAAGUGAUCUUGAAGACAGCAGCACACACUCAGAAAGUGAUGCUUCCAUUACUCAAGACCCACCAGAGGAAGCCACCUUUGCUCCUGCCAAACAACCUCCUGCCAAACAACCUCCUUCACCGGUCGAGGAACCAAAAGAAAGUAACCUUGAAGACAGCAGCACACAUUCAGAAAGUGAUGCUUCCAUUACUCAAGACCCACCAGAGGAAGCCACCUUUGCUCCUGCCAAACAACCUCCUUCACCUGUCGAGGAACCAAAAGAAAGUAACCUUGAAGACAGCAGCACACACUCAGAAAGUGAUGCUUCCAUUACUCAAGACCCACCAGAGGAAGCCACCUUUGCUCCUGCCAAACAACCUCCUUCACCUGUCGAGGAACCAAAAGAAAGUGAUCUUGAAGACAGCAGCACACACUCAGAAAGUGAUGCUUCCAUUACUCAAGACCCACCAGAGGAAGCUACCUUUGCUCCUGCCAAACAACCUCCUUCACCUGUCGAGGAACCAAAAGAAAGUAACCUUGAAGACAGCAGCACACACUCAGAAAGUGAUGCUUCCAUUACUCAAGACCCACCAGAGGAAGCCACCUUUGCUCCUACCAAACAACCUCCUUCACCUGUCGAGGAACCAAAAGGAUUUUUUUCACAAACAGAUCGGGUGUCAUUCUCAGACCUUGCCCCACAAACCACCUCUGGAUUCGCGACAGCAACACCUGGCUUUCAGUUUCAAGGAGCUGGGAAACAGCUGUUUGCUGUACGAAGCGCGGAUGAUGGUGAAACCAAUCCUGAAGAAGAAAUUGACAUCAAUUUCAAGCCUCUGGUCUCCCUCCCUAAAGUGGCUCCAACCAAGUCCUGGGAUGAUGAGGCUGGUACUUUGUUUACAAGUCGUGGGAAGUUGUUCCGAUUCGAUGACUCUAUCAACCAGUGGAAGGAAAGGGGAGUGGGUGAUAUCAAGAUUCUGCAGCAUGCCGAAACAGGUCGUUGUCGUAUUUUGAUGAGAAGAGAUCAGAUAUUGAAGAUUUGCUGCAAUCAUAACAUCACUGCUGAGAUGACACUGUUGCCGGGAAACACUGACAAGUCGUGGGUAUGGUUUACGCAAUCAGAUUUCACUGAUGAAGAGCCUAAGAAAGAGAAGUUAGCUGUUCGAUUCAAGCAUGUCGAAACAGCUAGAGAGUUUAAAGAAGUAUUUGAACAAUGUGUUAAGAGAGAUACUGAAUCAGACUCAGCGUAGCAUUAUAAACCAAAAAGAAUUUUGAACUCUAUAAAUUGUUUCUGAGUAGCGCUAUGUUCCUAUUUUGUGUAGACUCUAUAUCUUCAAUUUGUAUUUACCUUCUGAGAAUUACAAUGAGCAUUAUUACCUAUCAUUUAUGAGAAA